AAAUCCGCAAGUGUCGCAGCGAAUUGACCGCAAAACAAACAGUUGAACUGCACUACGCGGCAUUCCGUAGUAGUGGACAAGUUUUUCUCAGUUUGCUUCGGAGCCAGUUGUGAGUGGAAAAGAAGUUGAACACAAAUAGCGACACGCGCCAGUUCCGAUUCGUAUGUUCUUUUGCGCAGGAUUGGUAGUUAACGCGAUGCUCACUUGACAGAUCAUCAUCCAGUAGUCGAUGUCACAAAUUAGCGAUCCUAACGUGCCCCGUCACAGCGAGACAGGUGAUCGUUAUCUCGUUGCGUCAAUCACGGUACCGAGGACGUCGGCGCGAGGUCACGAACGCAUGUUACGAAGAGGCUGCUGUGCGAGAGCAACCUGCAGUGUAGUGUAUCCACCGUAGCCGCGUGUGAGUGAAAUGUGAUUAGCCGCGUUGGGGAGACGUUGUUGUUGUUGUUCGGUUAAGGUGUUGAGUGAAACGCAGAAAGCAGUAGUGUUGGGCCGGGCAGACUGCCUGACUGGAUUAGUGGAUAGUGCGGCUCGCCGUGCGAUGCCAGCAUCGUAAAGAGGGCCCCGCAUCGUCGGGUGACUGUCAAUGGCGGCCGCUUCUGUGAUCGCGUGAUCGUGUGAAACAUAAAGCAAGCAACAUAUUACUGUGGCUACUUCUUUUCGAACAAACGAUAACCGCAAAACGCUUGGACGAUUGCUGGACGGAUGACUUCGCCCUAGAGGCGCCCCUGAGUGCCAGUUGAGUGUACUUGGGAGAGAUCCUUCCCGUACUGGUGCAUCAGAAAUAACGGACACAACACAACCAGCGUCAACGAUGUCUAAGGAUUCGGCUCAAUCGCGCAUUCCACGCUUUGACAGCGUCAGUAGUCGGAUCCCAGUGCCGGGCACGUUCCGGUUACCGUCGGGCAGUGUAUCGCGACUUCCACCCAAGCGACCGAUCCCGGCGACACCUAUCAGCUUCUUACGACCACCAAGCCGUUCCGGAGGCAUCGCUCGCUCAUACUCCGGCGACAGAUUGUCGCACAUGAGCGAACUGACCCCGUUCCCAGCGCUGACCGCAUCGACACCAGCACCAGAACCGCGUGCUUCUAUAGCAGUGACUCCGGGACUACCGAUUCUGCGGAAGCUAGAUCUCGUAAAUACAACCCCCGCUAGUAGCUCGAACAUCAACGGUGGUGUCUCCACUGAGAGGCUCGAGGACAUUAAGCUGUGCCAGCGAGAAUUUGGUCUACCGAGUGACGAUGAGGAUCGUGACGAGCGAACGAUGCGGCAAGAAGACGCUGCUGAUGAUGCGGAUGAUGAUGAUGAGCUGGCAGAAAAGACUAUGGUCGAUGUUGCGGCCACUGUCAUCGAAGGAAUAGCUGCGGACAGUACCGUUCAGAUGCUGGUAGACGAAUCAUUGGAACUGGUCGGAGCGCACAGUACGGAUAACUUGCUUGAUCCACCUCCUCCGGCCGUGGUGCCAUCGCCGGUGCCGCCGCAAUCAAACACAACACCCCAGCAGUACUUGACCGGUUACAAUCCACACGAGUACACGGUCACGCUGCAGCGCGAUGGCAACGUGACGUACGAGAUCCGACGAAGUGCCACCUUCUUGAAAUCGUCACGCGAAUCCCUGAACAGUGUUCCGUCACCGCAGGAGUAUGCACGGCCCAUUAUGAACUCUACCCAGACCUAUCAGCCUGGGAUCGGUGUUGGUCGUACCUUUCGACGCGAGAGCUCCAGUAGCAUCGAUUCGCCGGUGCUUGGUGUGACGAGAACGUUGGCGCUGCACAGACGCCCUUCCACCGGCGAGCUGCUGACGGAUGAUGAAGAUUGCGGUCGACCUCGGGUGCUAUCCAACUUCAACUCGACCAUGGUGCAUGAUCGACUGGUGAACGUCACGCAAAGCAUUCCCAAUAUCACACAGGAACUGGCCGAUAGUGGCUCCCGGGGUGGCUCAUUCCGGGUUCCAGGUGACAGCGUUCUCAAUCAAACAAAAUCCAAGGAGAGGGAAGACGCACAAGGUGAACGAUUGCCGGUUGCGAUGGCAACGACGACGGUGAAGAAACCGAAUCGUUUGACGUUCCAUCUUGACGACUCGAUGAGCUUGAUGCACUUCAGUGGCGUCGAUGCAGGGAAAGGGAAGCGUCACAAUUCCACCAUGCAUGGCUCUGAUCCUGUGGCAUUCCCUUCGGUAGUGCGUCCGGCAGUUAGUGAGGAUCGGCUAAUGGAUAGCCUUGCAACGACGAUGCUUCAGGAUAUAAGCUUUCCGGAUCAAACAUUGAUUGCCACGCAUCUCACACAGGAUGCUAUCAACCGCGCCGAAGAAGAAGCAGACGUGGUUGAAAUGGAAGAGGAAGAGGAAGAAGAGGACGAGUAUGCGGCGGAGAGGCGUCGGUUGAACGAGAAGCUGGAGCUUGCCGACACGACGAGCGUUGGUGACGUGAGUGCUGGGAAGGAGAUCUUCGAUCUAAGUCUCGAUGAACCUCCGGCCACACCGGACGACGAGGAGGAAGAGGAAGGCCAAUUGAUCAUACGUCGUCGCACGGCUGCACCAAACGCGCCCAAGCAGCGCUACUCCUUCGGUCUCGAUCUCACCGAAUGUACGCUCGAUUGUUCGAUCGAACUCUGCGAUUCCUCGCUUUCGCUGACGAAGCCACCACCAACGAUGGCCGCACCGCACCUAAAGUCACCGACCACUUCCCUGAGCGGUGGCCAUGGAAGUCUCACCAAGCAGGGAUCGUUCGAGAUGGAUGAAAGCCUCGGCAUACUGACGCCUGAUCAGAUGAAGGAGUUUCUCGAUUCGACUACGACCAAUACCAACAAUACGGGCAAUGGACUGGAACUGCAUCUCAAUACAACAUCCGGGGCCGGUCUUAGUGGCGGUGUUGGUGUUGGUUCCGCGCAUCAUAAGCACGGUGGACUGCAGCAUCAUUGUCGGAUCGAUCAGACACCCUCACCGGAGGAACUCCCGCUCGAUCCAGUCGGUGUUAAGACGGACAUGACGGAUAUUUUACUUCCCUCGGAGUUGCUACUGAUGUCCAGCAGCACGAAUGGAAGCGGUGCUGGUGCUGGAUCCAGUGGUCCUGGAGGGAAUGUUGGACUGGCAGGAAUUCGUGGUUGCUGUCCACCAAAUGGGGAAGUAUCGCAGGCCGAUUCAGACCCCAAGACGGACCAGAUGACCAAAUCGGCCACUUCGUCCAAGGUAUCGAACAGCUUCAUCACCAGCAUCACGAGCAUCACGAGUCUCGAUACGGGCUAUCAGGGUGAUGGUGAAAUGUCGCGACCUGCGAGCCGUGGUGCCGAUCAUUCUCCCUCGAACGGACCGCGACCGGUGAAAGGUGCAUGGCAACCAUUGAUGGCUGCUGCGAUUGCCGUCGUACCGAGACGUCAGGAUCCGAUGACGGAUUCGGACUUUUUCACCGAGAGUGAUGCAGAUGACGUGUUUAACCGGGGUGAUGCUCGUCGAGCACAGAUCAUCGAUGGUCAACUGUAUGGAGCCGGUGCAGGAGCACCUGGUGGUGGUGGUGGUGGAGCAGCGCUGGUUGGUGCUGGAACCGGUGCUGGUGGUAUCGGAGCACCACUUCCCGGUGGCAAUGCUGCUCUCUUCCACGCACUCAACGGACAACCGAUGGUGCUCCGAGGCGGUGAUGGUGGCGGUGUUGAUGGUGCCAACGAGGACUCGUGCAUGGAAUCGAGUGGCAUCUUUACCGACGUCGAGAAUCGAGCAGAUGACGAUCUUGUGCAACGCCGUGCGGAUGAUCAGCUUGGAAGACGCGGUGUGAUUCCCGCGGAAUCACCGGAUGCGGUCGGUGGUGAAGAAGGUGAAACCGAUGGCCAGAGUGUGGAUCUCAGUCCGGCCGAUACAAUCAGCAGCAGCAACAGUCAGAACUUUGAUCCGUGCCAGUACCGUGGCCCCGGCCGAUCCCAACAACGAGAGUGA